UGAAUCCCGUGACCUGCUGUCAAGCACACGCAUGCUAGCGCACUGUGUCUAUGAGAGAUUUGUUUGUCAACGAAUGAAUCGGAAAUUCCAUAGUGACCCGGAACACUCAAAGUAUAGUGACGGUCAUAUUUGCUCUUGUCAAGCAGCGUUACAGCAAGUCGAUAACAGGAAAGUGGUUUGACAUAUUUUUAUUUCACUUAAAGGACAAGAAAACUCGUUUCUCGUUUUAUCGCUGCAGAUUCGCUAAUACGCAAUUCUCCGAGUUCUACAGCCGGUAUUAGCUUAGCCAGCUAGCAAGCUGGGCUAACAAGGUGAUGUAGCGACAGCUGUGGUGCGCUCAGGAAAUAUGAUGGAAGUUGGUCUAGGCGUGUUUCAUUAUGAAAGUUUCAUUUUUGGACUAAUAUGAAGCCUGACGAUAGCUGCCGCGGAGCAGUAACCGCUUUCUGAAGGUGCAGUGAGCACAGCGCUGAGGUCGGGUUUCUUGGAUAGUUAUGAGCAGCAUCAACAUUACAACCAAAAGCCCUCCAUUAAGCUCUUUUUAUACUAAAAGGUCAGCGCUGACACUACCGGCAACAAAGAGUGGGUUUUGAGAAGCGAUGUGUUUUCGUGCUGUCACGAGAUGAGUCUCGCCGAUGAAACACUGCAGGCUGGGAUGUCCUCAGUCCAGUCGGGACUGGAAGGGCAGCUGCCGCUUUUACACGCCAGACAUCACAGCGCUCAAGGCGGUCUGGUGUUGGACCUGAACUCCCAGGAAGACUACCUCAGCAGCAGCUCUCCUGAGUAUGACAGCUAUGGGAAUAACACCGGUCCUCUGUUCGAGAGGAGAAAGAGAUCUAGAUCCAACAGCUCCAGACAUAGAUUCAACGAGGUGGUCACGGAGCUCGGUCCGGAGGAAGUGCGGUGGUUUUACAAAGAGGACAAGAAAACUUGGAAGCCCUUUUUGGGCCAUGAUUCACUUAAUAUUGAGCUAAUGUUUCGGAAGUACUGCGAGCUAAACCCCGGUGCAGCAUGCCCCCAGGCCAGUGGAGGAGAGGAUGAGAGCGGGUCUAGAGAUCUGGAGAGCAGAGGGAUGAACGGUGCGGUGCCAGCAGAAACGAGGACCAGCAGUGUGCACGGAGGCCGCGGGUCCUUGGACACAUCCACCGUGUCCUCUGAUGAGAGGGACGCUGAAAGCAUUGAACUCAAUGUAGAGUCAGUGUGUGUGCGAGGAGGACUCUAUCAGGUUGAUAUAAUACAGAGACAAUGCUAUCCUGUCUACUGGAAACAACAAGACCAUAUCCCAGUGAUGAGAGGCCAGUGGUUUAUCGAUGGUACUUGGCUGCCAUUAGAUGAAGACGAAAGCGACCUCAUCGAACGGGAGCACCUUAACCAUUUCCGUGGGCAACACGUCCAGGAUACCUUUGAGAUGGAUUUGGUUCCCAGGACCAUUGAUAGUAAAGAUGUUCUCUCCCAUCUGCCCCCUUUCUACCUCCCUUUUCUGUUCAAAUGGAGUGGAUAUCAGACGAGUACUAAACCUACAUGUCACAAGCGCAAACGCUGCCAAGCCAUCCAUAGUCUAAAGCUGAGUCGAUCACAUGUGGAUUGGCACAGCGUGGACGAGAUCUACCUCUACAGCGAUGCCACAACUUCCAAAAUUGCAAGAACAGUCACCCAGAAACUGGGCUUCUCCAAAGCCUCAAGCAGCGGUACGCGGCUCCAUCGGGGUUAUGUUGAAGAGGCCUCACCUGAGGACAGACCCCCUCAGACUACGCACAUUGUUUUUGUGGUUCAUGGCAUUGGACAGAAGAUGGACCAGGGGCGCAUUAUUAAAAACACUGGAAUGCUGCGGGAGGGUGUGAGGAAGAUGGAGGAGAAACACUUCUCAGAGCACAAUGAAGAACAUGUGGAGUUCCUGCCUGUCGAGUGGCGCUCCAAACUCACACUGGACGGAGAUACAGUAGACUCAAUCACACCAGACAAAGUGAGAGGACUGAGAGACCUUCUCAACAGCAGUGCCAUGGAUAUCAUGUAUUACAACAGCCCUCUUUACCGGGAUGAAAUUACCAAGGGUCUAACAGAGGAGCUGAACAAGCUCUACUCACUUUUCUGUUCACGGAACCCUGAGUUCGAGGAAAGGGGUGGCAAAGUGUCCAUCGUGUCUCACUCUCUUGGCUGUGUCAUCACGUAUGACAUCAUUACUGGCUGGGAUCCCGUGCGGUUUUGUUUGCAGGAGCAUCGUGUGGUCGAGGAGGACCUGGACCUUCGCUGGAUGUCCUAUGAAGAGAGGCGCCUUUUAGAGCAGCAGAGGCAAACAAGGAACAGGUUACAAGAGCUGGAAAAUCAACUCGCCACACUCGAGGCCGCUAAACCUUCAGCCCCCCCAGCCCUCAAAUUUAAGGUAGAGAAUUUCUUCUGCAUGGGUUCUCCUCUGGCAGUGUUUUUGGCCCUAAGAGGAAUCCGCCCUGGCACCAGUGUCCACCAAGACCACAUCUUGCCCACCUCAAUCUGCAGCAGGCUCUUCAAUGUCUUCCAUCCCACAGACCCUGUGGCCUACAGAUUGGAGCCACUCAUCUUGAAACAUUAUAGCAACAUUGCACCUGUUCAGAUACACUGGUGUAGCGCCACUAACCCCACAUCUUAUGAUGAGAUCAGGCCCACUUUUCUCAACCCUGUUAAAGAUCCCACGUCGGAUACAGAAAGCAUUCCCAGCCCCAGUACAUCACCUGUCCUACCCCGGAGGCACUAUGGGGAGUCUAUCACUAAUUUGGGCAAGGCUAGCAUAUUGGGAGCAGCAAGCAUAGGAAAGGGCAUUGGAGGCAUCCUCUUCUCACGUUUUUCCCGCUCCAACAGCCAGCCCUCAGUGUCUUUGGGACUUGAGGGUGGAGCAAGUGCUGAAGAAGAGGAGCAAAAGCGCACAGAAAGUCAGUCAGCAUACGGCCUCUCUAUGUUGACUCGACCCACCUCACCCACUGCUGACACAUCCUUGGAGCUCGAGCGUCGCAUUGACUUUGAGCUCAGAGAGGGUCUGGUGGAGAGCCGCUACUGGUCAGCAGUGACCUCACACACAAGCUACUGGUGCUCACAUGACAUAGCUCUCUUCUUGUUGACCUUCAUAUAUAAACAGAAGGCGACACCCUCUAACCCAGCAGAUACUCCGGAUCCAGAGUGAGGCAGCAUGUUUUUAAAACGGAACACACAACACUGAAAGAGUGAAAGCAUUUCUUGUGACACAUAAAGUGACUUUGUUCAUUACUUUUUCUUGCUUACGAACUUAAAUACACUAAAAAAAAUCUGUCUUUGUUUGGCUCCCGAUCAAGCACUUUUAAUACUUGGGAAUCAUUACUUACAGACUCAGAACUUUCUUCCAAACUUUUCAUCUCUGUUUUUUUGUUUGUUUUUUACGUUGUGCACAAUUGCUUACCCUGAGGGUGGAUACGGUGGACCAGGAACUCUUAUUUAGGAGCAAAAGCACUGAUGCAUAGGUGAUUGUUGCACCCAGUGGAAGAGACUUCUAACUUCAUCCCCAGUGUGAAUUCAGACAGCUGAACUGUGUCUAUCAUGUCCAUUGAUUACAUGUUAAACAAUACCUAGGUCAAUUUGCUCAGCUACAGACUCGGUCUCAAACUCUGGGGCACAUUUGACUAAGCCUCACUCACUAAGGUGUCAAGUUAUGUCUGAUAUAUUUUGUUUGUUUGUUUUUCUCUGUCUCUCUCACAAAUGCGCACACACACAAACAUAAAGAAAAGAACUUUUUUGGCAAAUUUCUCUUCUUCAAGUUGAAUAUUUAGCUACUGCAUGUUAAGAAACCCAUGGGCGCAAACAAAGGCAAUGUGUAAUAUAUAAUAUUUCUUUACUUUCCCACAUAAAAGAAAGAUAAUGCAUUAUAAUGAAAUCAUAUUAUUUUGGCAAAUUAUUAUAAUAAUGAUUAUUUUGGUACUUUGGAGGACAUAAACAAAAUGCUAUUCUUAGUUUUUUCCCUCUAUUUUUUAACUUUUCGAUUAUUUGAGUCUUGAAAUAGAGUGCACCAAAUAAAACCCAAGUAAAGCACUAGUUUUAUACUGCACAAAUAGAGUAUAACAUUUUCCUUUGUGUUUAAUCGUCACUUAUAAAUAGUGCAGUACCAAGGGGGCAAAUUGUAUUUACUUAUUUUCUUACAGUGUAGAGAUCUAAACCAUAGUCUAAAAUCUAAAUCUUACAUACUCACUCGAAACAAUAUCACUAUUUCAUCCUCAGUACAAGCUUCUAUUUUGAGGAUAACUUAUGGAGAUGAUUUUUGCCCGCAUGGCUUUGUAUUGAUGAAAUCAUUGAUACUAGAUCUAUUUUUUCUUAUAACAAAUACAGAAAUAUUUUUUCCUAGCAACUUUCGGACACUUUGGGGAUCUUAAACUGGAUGUUACCUCAGAAAAAAAUGGGAUUCAAGCUUGUGGCCAAAUAACAUUUAUGUGUCACCUUUAUUAGAUACCCUGCUCAAUUAAAGCUAAGGCAACUAUGAAAUCAGCAAAAUUGUGGUUGGCAGGGGUUAAAAAAGUAGAUUAAAUAAGCGUUACCUUCAUUUUAAAAAUGAAUGUCUUGUUUGCCUUUUGUCCACAGUUCACACUUUGCUAGCUUGAUCAGCUUUUAUUUACUUAAAAAUUCAGUUGAAAAAGAAAAGAAUGAUGGCAAAUCAUCAUGUCUUUAAAAAGAAAAAAAACCUUCAGUUUGCCAGAGCACAUAUAUAAAAAAUAAUAACAAUAAUAAUAUUGAUGGGGGUUAUUGUAGCUAUCGUUCCAAGUAGUGAUUCAGCACAAGUGAUUCAGCACAAGAGUGCUUACUCACUUUGCAUGGUGUCAAAUUAAUAGUAAAUGGAUUGUUGGAACAAGAAUAGUGGAGAGUGCCAACACACAUCUAAGAAACUUUAUUCUGACUAAAAACAUGUGAUUGCUUAUGGCUUUUCUAGUGAAUAGAUUUUAUUUGCUGUAGAUUAUGAAAUGAAACUGUCCUCGUAAAUAUUUAUGUGACAGACAAGCCUUUCUGUCAAUGUCAACUUGUGUUCUGCUUAAUGUAAUGUAGUAAUCAGUUGUUUUUGAAUUUGUUAUGGUGCAAACUGCAGCUUUACUGUGCCACACAAGGGCUGUCGCUGACUGUCGUUUCUUUAACGUCUGUGUUAUGUGUACAAAGGCCUACUGACUUAAACCAGGCUGCCUUGAGAUCACCUGAUAGGUAACCAGGAAGUAGUGCAGAAGCUGGGUCUAAUAAGGGAGGGGGAUAGUUAAGUGUUACUGUAGUUGAUCUGGUGGCUCUUGCACAUUCAUGGGCUAUGAAUUGCACAGAAACUAUUUUAACACAGCCCGUUUUUGACUUUUUAUUUAUUCUUUACUUCCCGUCUGUUACGAUGCAUAAAACAAUCUCAACAUGUCAUUUGGAUAUGUAUUUCAAAAACACAGUGCUGUUCGUGCUUUGGAUUCAUUGAGUCAAACAUUGUGGGUUUCAACACAGCAAAUAAGUAGUGAUAAAAAUAUUGUUUCUAAAACUUGUGUGAAAAUUUGCACAUUUUCAUAUUUAGGCAUAUUUUCAAAUGUGUCACAGGCAAGAAACUGGAGCGCAUUAAAGAGAAUUUUGUUAACAUAUGCUGUAAGUUUCACUGUAUGAGAUUUUGAUGUACAGCAUUUUGAAUGACAACAAUACAUUUUUUAUUUUUUUUUUGGUCAAAGAUACCACAAGUAUCAGGGAAAUGUCUGCUUGUACAUGUUUUGUAGAUUCAACACUCUUGUCAAUACCAGAUUAAAGCCAUAAUUAAACAGUUUAGCACAGGUGUCCACAGACUAGUAAAGACCUUACAAAUGGCUUUUGGGGAAAGAGAUGUACAUUAAAGCCAUUGUGGGUGUGUUGGAUGAAGUGGGAUGAUGGGGAUCUGGAGAAAUGUCCCAGGAGCUGUGCAAUAACUCAUGCCUGUAUUGGAUUCUAACUGCCAUCCAAAACACUGUAUAAAUGUCCUUUUUAUAAAGUAUUCAAAUUUGGAUGUAAUCAGUA